AUGGAUGCCAAUGAUGUGAGCCCCCCCCAGUGCCAGGAAGACCAGCAGACGAUCACGGCGCUCAAGAAAGAGAUCGAGCGCGCGUGGAAGAUGGUCGAGGCCUCCCACGAGAAAGAGCAGCGAGCCAGGGAAACGAUCCAGAACCUGAAGUCGGAGAUUACGAAGCUGGGCCGACUUGUAGAACAAGGCGCCGGGUUGAGUAUCAACCAGGAAAACAUGGUGAACCAGCUGGUUCAGGAGAAGAACGACCUUGUGAAGCAUCGCGACAUGCUUCAGGGCCAGGUCCAGCAGAUGCAGCAGCAGAACACCGACCUUACUGCAAAGGUUGCGAAGCUGGAGCAGGACCGGCAGCAGGGCAACGGCGAGCUCCAGUCCUUGCGCGAAGCCUUCCAGAAGCUUCUCGAGGAAGCGGACCAGCAGCAGAAGCGAAAGGAGAAGCUAGACAAGGACCUGAAGGACAUGAGACAAGGUCUUGAGUCAAAACAAAGCGAAGUGAACGCCCGGCGAGAAGAACUUGCCCACGGCGAGGAGAAGCAAAAGCACCUGACGCGACUCCUGCGCGAAGAGCGGCAGGAGGAAGAGCGGCUGAGCAUGCGAGCUGCCCAGCUCAAGGGCAAUUAUGAGCACCUCGUGAAGCAGCACAAAGAGGAGCAGUCGACGCUAGCCCGUCUCAAGGACGAACAGGCAGACUACAAGGCGAAGGUGAAGUUCCGACAGGACGAGAUCCAUGCGCUGAAGAGUUCGAAGCAGAAGAUGGAGAAGAGUCUAGAGGCGUUGCAGAGCCUCAAGGACAAAGACGACGCUGAGUCGAGACGUCUGGAGGCCAAGACGACUGACAUGCGCGGGCAGGUCAAGAAACUGCAGGAGGACCUGGACAAGCAGAAGCAGGAUUCGGAGGCCCACGAAAAGCAAAUCACGGACCUCCUGCACGAGAGGGACAUCCUCGGCAAGGCGCUGAUGAGGGGGGACGAGCGCUCCAAACAGCAAGCGGAGCUUGUCGAGCUCCAUAAGGGCCAGGCCAUCACCCUCUCCAAGGACCUGCACCGUUGGAAGACCGAGCUCCACCUGAAGCUGGAGCGGAUCCACGAGCUCGAUCGCCAGCGGGAGAAGUAUGCCACCGACCUCCAGCAGGCGAAACAGCGCUGCGAGGCAGCUCAAGAAGAGCUCCGAGGCCGUGAGGUCCAGAUGGCGCAGCUCAAGCGAUCCAUUGCUGAUGUCCGGGCCAAGUGGGCGCAGCAAAAGAAUCUCUACGAGGCGGUGCGCACGGACAAGAACCUCUACUCAAAGAAUUUAGUGGAGUCCCUCGAAGAAAUCAGCGAGAUGAGGAAGAAGUUCAAGGUCAUGUGCCACCAGAUCGAGCAGCUCAAGGAGGAGAUCAAAGAGAAGGAUGUGGCCAUGAUCGCAGAGCACUUCAAGCACCAGAACAUCAGCAAGGAGACCUUGAAACCGGAGACGGAGAAGACCAAGCACACGCUGGAGUUCCAUGAGAAGCAGCAGACCAAGUCCCAGCAGGUCGUGGAGCAGCAGCUGUCCGACAUCAAAAAGCUAGAGGCCACCAUCCAGGAGGCUGAGACGGAGCGGCAGCACCAGCGAAAGGAGUUUGAGGCUGUUACCUCCGAGCGCAACAUCCUGGGCAAGCAGCUCAUCCGACGAAACGAGGAGCUCUCGCUGAUCUACGAGAAGAUCAAGAUCCAGGAGAGCACCUUGGGCAAGGGCGAGGCCCAGUACAAGAAGCUUCUGGAGAGCCUCCGGGGACAGCGAAGCAGCAUUGCGACGCUCAAGCGUGACCUCUUCAUUGCCCAGCAGCAGGCCGAGAGCGCUUCCGGCUUGGAGAAGGAAGUCUACCACCUCCAGAGGGAGCUUCUGCAAGAGCGGACGAAGGUUCGAGCUCUUUCAGAAGAGCUCGAGAAUCCGAUGAACGUCCAUCGCUGGAGAAAGCUUGAGGGAUCUGAUCCGGCCAUCUACGAGCUCAUCCAGAAAGUGCGAACCUUGCAGAAGCGGCUGAUCGCCAAAACCGAGGAGGUUGUCGCAAAGGAUGUCGAGAUCCAGGAGAAGGAAAAGCUCCACAAGGAGCUGACGUCCAUCCUGGAGAAGCAGCCUGGCCCCGAGGUGCUGGAGCAGUUGGAGCAGUACCAGGAGACGUACAAUGCUAAGCUCAAGCAGAUGAAGGCCAUGCAGAGCGAGCUCCACACCUAUCAGUCUCAGGCAGGAUUGGAAAAGACACAGCCAUUGAUUGUGGGGCUGUAA